UAAUGAUUAGAGUAUUGUUUUGUCAGUAGACUGUACAGGAAAGUGCUGCUACCAAAUAUGCGAUCAUCUAAGCCGUAUCGAGUCUCUUCUCAGUAUCGCCAAUCUUGGCCUUCCCACCGCCGACGAUAAUUUCUCCAAGUCCGCUCCGCACCCCUCCAAUCCCAAUCGUAUUCCCAAACACAGCCACUGUACGUCCAUUUUGGUGUAAACGGAACAUAAUACAAUAAGAAGGCAUGACUUCCCAGUCCGAAGGUCAACCCGUCAUCAUGCCCGCCUCCCCAUCCCGCACAACGACGCUCCUCGCAAACCUCGCCUCCGUGACAUCGCGCAUCCAAUCCGCCUCCUCGAAACUUCCUCUCCCCAAAGAACCGCGCCUCGUGGCCGUCUCAAAGCUCAAGCCCGCGUCCGACAUUCUUGCGCUGCACAAUCCUCCCACCGCACACUCCCACUUUGGCGAAAACUACCUCCAAGAACUCCAAGAGAAGGCGCGGCUGCUACCCCCCACCAUCAAAUGGCAUUUCAUUGGCGGCCUACAGAGCAACAAAUGUGUUUCUUUGGCAAGGGAUACCCGCGCGCUAUGGGCUGUCGAGAGCGUAGAUAGUGAGAAAAAGGCGACGCUGUUGGAUAAGGGAUGGGGAGAGAGGAAGGCGGAGAUGGGAGGGGAGGAGAAGUUACGGGUUUUUGUGCAGGUAAAUACGUCUGGGGAGGAGAAUAAGAGUGGUGUCGAUCCUGGGGAGGAAGUAGUGCGGCUUUGCCGGUUUAUCAUGGACAAAUGCCCGCGGUUGAGACUGCAAGGGUUGAUGACGAUUGGGGCGAUUGCGAGAUCGAAAGCGACGACGGCAGAGACGGAGAACGAGGAUUUUAUCUGCUUGAAGCAGGCGAGGGAACGGGUAAAUGAGGCUUUGGGUUUGGAAGGAGAUGCGCGGUUGGAGUUGAGUAUGGGGAUGAGUGAGGACUUCGAGGGCGCCAUUGCGCUAGGAAGUGACGAGGUGCGAGUUGGAACGACGAUUUUCGGGGAUAGGCCGCCCAAGGAUCGGGCUAGGAUUCUCUGACUGAAGAGAGUAUAUCUUCAAUCAGGGUGUCUUACAAGUCAGGCUUGCAUCCUGUGGCAUGCUCAAACAUUAUGUACUCUAAAUAAUAUCGAUAAAUACAUACCAAACCACCUGUACGGGGCGGUUAGG